AUGGACGAUGAUGACGCUAUAGCCGUUAUUGGUAUAGGAUGUAAGUUUCCAGGAGCUGACAACCAAGAGGAAUUUUGGCAAUUAUUGGUGAAUGGUGAGAACCAUGUUAUUGAUAUACCUCCUGAACGAUGGAACAAUGAUGCAUUUUAUAAUAAAGACCCCGACGCAAAAGGAAAGACAUAUGUUCCAAAAGCAGGAUUUCUGAGAAACCAUGACGAAUUUGAUAACAAGUUAUUUGGUAUCAAUGACAUUGAAGCAGAACGAAUGGAUCCUCAACAACGAUAUGUUCUUGAAUGCGUCCAUAUGGCUUUGGAAGAUGGCGGCCUCACACGAAAUAUGAUAAGUGGAUCAGACACCGGAGUUUUUAUUGGUUUCAUGAAUGAUGAUUACAAAGGAUCAGCAGCUGACGACCUUGCUACAAUGACAAACUACAGCUUAACUGGAACAUCUCCAAGCAUUAUUUCCGCUCGUGUAUCAUAUGUUUAUAACUUGCUAGGACCAUCAAUGUCAAUAGAUACGGCGUGUUCAUCUGCCUUAGUUGCAAUCGAUGUGGCUGCUCAGAGCUUGAAAAUGGGGCGCAGUUCAAUGGCUAUCUGUGGAGGGGUUAACAGUAUCAUAUCGCCGGAAUUGUUUAUACCACUCAGCCGAGCAAGAAUGGCUUCACCAACUGGACAGUGUCAUGCAUUCUCUUCUAAUGCAGAUGGGUAUGCUAGAGGGGAAGGAUGUGGAAUAGUUAUACUAAAGAAACUUGGAGAUGCUAAACGGGAUUCAAAUAAAAUAUGGGCAACAAUAGCUACUGAUUGUAAUCAAGAUGGCCAUACAGCAACCCCCAUAACAGCUCCUUCUGCUAGUCAACAAGAAAAUCUUCUUCAUAAAGUUUAUUUAUCAAAUAAUAUCAAUCCCCAUGACAUACAAGUGAUAGAAGCGCAUGGGACAGGAACACCUGUUGGAGAUCCGAUAGAAGCGAACACGUUGGGCAGAUUUUUUGGUAAAAAAACAAACGAUCAAUCUUUAGAGAAAAAUGUUGUCUAUAUAGCAUCUGUAAAAACUAACAUUGGUCACUUAGAAUCAGCAGCAGGGGCAGCUGGGCUAAUUAAAGUCUUAUUAAUGAUGAAAAACAAAACAAUUGUUCCCUCUCUUCAUUUUGAGAAGCCUAAUGAAAAAAUUGAUUUUGAGAAGUAUCACUUUAUUGUUCCAACACAAACUAUUCAAUGGAAAACAGAUGCAAAAAAUCAGCGAAUGGCGUGUGGUAACUGCUUUGGAUUUGGUGGAACAAACUCACACGUGAUAGUCAAGCAGUUUCAACAAGAGGAAUGCUGCCAGGAGGAACCUUUUGGAAUGUUACAUUUAGUGUUUAUAUCUGCAGUUGACCUAGACGGACUGAAGAUAUCCUUAGUUGAAAUGGUAGAAAAGAUCACUCGUAUCGACAUUCGUUUGUGUGAUAUCUCAUACACAUCUCUAUGCAGACGAGACCAUCAUCAGUAUCGUAUAGCUCUUUUUGCCAACAGUUUAGAAGAUUUGAAACUUAAAUUACGAAAUCGCCAUAAUUCCAAUGAAUCCAAAUCUAAAGUGAGAUUGAAAGCGCCAAACAUCAUUGCUGUCUUUUGUGGUGUAGGGACGACAUGGAAGGGAAUGUGCAAUCAGUUGUUGAAAGAAAGUACUGUAGUGAAAAAAGUAGUGCAACAAAUCGAUAGCAUCCUUAAUCAGUGGGUUGAGUGGUCAAUUUAUGAUAUUCUAGCUAAUAGCAAAGAUAUUUCUGAUCCUUUUACUGGACAUAUAGCUAUUUUUACAUGUCAGAUAGCCCUAUGGUCCCUUUGGAGGCACUGGGGGAUAAAGGUGGAUUCAAUUAUUGGUCAGUCUGUUGGGGAGGUUGCUGCUGUGUAUGCUGCAGGUUGCUUGACGUUGGAAAAUGCAGUUGCGGUGAUAUACCACAGAUCAAGAAUACUAUCAACUGUUACAGGAGGCAAAAUGUUUGUCAUAGGAAACUGUAACACGAAAUACAUCGAGUCUAUUUGUAGCAAAUUUCAAGGAAAGGCCUGCAUUGCAGUUUAUAUCAGUUCUACAUCUUGCACCGUAUCCUGCGAUGCUGAUAUUAUUGAUAUCUUUAAAAAGGCAUUAACAGAUGAUUUACCAAAAGAUGAGAUGCAAUCUUAUUUCCUGAAAGACUUGAGUGUAAAAUGUGCUUAUCACAGUCACCACACUGAACAAGCAGGGAAAGAUUUUGAGGAAAUCGUUAAACAAAUUAAAAGUACUGAUCCAUCCAUACCACUUAUUUCAACAGUUACUGGUGAAACAAUUGUUGAUGGCAAUGAUAUUGGUGCUUCCUAUUGGAACAAAAAUAUAAGUUGUCCGGUUUUAUUCAAAGAUGCAAUUUCCGCUGCCGGAAAGAAAAACACGUUCAACAUAUUUCUUGAGAUAGGUCCGAAACCGGUUUUACGGGCUCAUCUUCGUGACACUUAUACACACGAUGAUGCAAUUUGCCUACCUUCAAUAAAAGAACGACAUGAAGAAGAUACUUUGUUCACGACGAUUACAGAAUUAUUCGAGCAUGGGGUUAAUUUAGAUUGGCACAAAGUUUGCAAAGGACAAGGUAAAUUAUGUGAUAUACCGAAAUACAAGUUCAACCCCACCAGAAAGUCUUUAUUCUUACCAGAUGCUUCACUUUUGAAAUUUAAAGGUUUAGACGACAAUGUUGGAAACCAUUUGUUUGUUUCAAAAUCCGCUAUUUCAACAGCAAGUUUUAAAGUAAAAAUCAACGACGUUAAUACACCAUUUGUGUUUGACCACUAUGUAUCAAACACUCCUAUUGUUCCUGGUGCAUUUUAUGCCGAGGUGGCUCUUGAAGUAGGACAAUCACAUCUACAAAAAAGAGUUCAAGAUAUAAGUAUUGAAGUAGAAUUCAUAAGACCAAUAUUUUUAUCUCCCGGUCAAGCGUACACUGUAGAUGUAUCAAUCGCUGAUUUAUCAUCGAAAUCACCAAUGUGUUUGUUAACCAAAGACAGGGACAUCAUAUCAAAAUUUUCAAUACAUCCUAUAGAAGAACGACCUGAAAGAGAAAAUAUAGAUAUUGAUUGCCUUUUCAAAAUUUGUCCACAGUUCCAAUCAUCAGAAGAUACUUAUGAUACAUUGAAGAACAUGGGUUUCUCAUAUGGAAAACACCUAAAAAUUCUUGGUGAUUCAUGGAACAAUGGAAAGCAGUGUAUCGUUAAAAUGCAUGUUUCAGAUGUAAUCUGGAGUGAUGUAAAGAUGACCCAUUUCCAUCCAGCUAUAUUGGACGGUCUUCUUCAAACGCCAAGUGUUUUGUUUUUGGACGCCUCUGAUGAUAGAACAGUGUUACCUUCAGGCAUAGGGAAACUAAUCCUGAGGCGAGGGAUCGAACGAAACAUGAUUGCUUAUACUGAAUUGAAGCAUCGAUCAAAAUCGGAAGUUCUUUACAAUAUGUUGUUGUUGACUGUAAAUGGUAGUAUCAUCGCCGAAAUUGAAGACUUUAGGUUAAAAGUUAUCGGCGAUGUGAUGUCAAAUACCUCGCAGGAGUACGGCUUGUUGUGGGAAAAUAUUGAAGUGAGCCACUUGCCAAAACAAACAGAUUUAGAGAAAAUAAAAAAAAGGAUACUCGUAUGUUCGUUUGACAGGGAAAUAUUGUGUCAGAUAAAGGAAAGUGUUCCAGAUAUAGAAGUAAAAACCAUUUUGCUGAAUGAAGAAGCAUCACUUAGUUCACAAAAGGAUAUAUUCAAUUCCUUUUGGAAAGAAAAUCCAGGAUUUGUGGAAAUCUACUUUGCACCAGGUAAAAGGAUGACAGACUGGAUUUCAGGAACUGACGUUUUAAAGAAAACAUAUGCUUCUUGCAUAGUCUUACUUGCUGCUGUCCAAUGUAUCACAGGCAAGAAGUUGGAAGCUUUUCUCACCGUCAUUACCGAAGCUACCCAGGUACCAGAUAUUACUAAUUGUUCAUUUGUAAAUCUCUUUGGUUCCGAACUUUGGGGACAAGUACGAUCAAUCAUACGCGAGAACAUAUCAUUUGAAAUUCGAUUAAUUGAUUGCCAUCCAUCCAUCAGUGGCGCUUCGACAUUCAUUUCGCAACUUUUCAUCGAUGACAGUAUACCAAAAUAUGGCGAGCUUAUUUUUUAUCACGGGAAAUUUUUUACAAACCAUCUGCAGAAAAUAGCAUCUGACAAGCCAAUUAGUAAAUAUCGAUAUGGGAGCAUUGAUGAUUACUGUAAAGUGGCAAUAAAAACUGAAAAAGCAAACGAUAUAAGACAGACAUUUUGCGUUCUACAAAAUGGCAAAAAAGAAAUUUCAAAAAACCAUAUUUCCUUGCGUCUCGAGGAAGUAUCACUGCAUAGUAAAUAUUUGUACCCAGUAACCUUAACUAGUGAAAGUCAUGAUCAGACUGUCUUUACGUUCAAAGGGACGCAUUGUUCUGAGUUUGAUUUACUGUCAUAUGAAUCUACUGCAACAAUACAAGAAUUAAACGGAUCAAUUCAAAUCAAGAAAUCGACAAAUGAAGAUAAAGUUGUAGCAUGUUUCCCAAUGAAGGUUCAGAGUACAGUUGAAGUCCCAUUUACAACUGUUUAUCCCCUACAUCAAUUACCAGGGUAUAAACCAGGUGUCAUUUUUGCUAGUGUUCUAAUGCACUCAUUGGCUCAUCAAGUUGAUGAAGGACACCAUGCACACAUAUUAUGCGAUAAAGAAAAUGAAUUUGCCGGCAGAAUACUUCAACUGUUGCUCAAAACAAUCAAAAGAUCGAGCGCUAGACUACAUGUAGGUGCUGAUUCGAAUUUAGAUUCAUUGAAUACAGUAUUGAUUAUGAAAACAGUAAGUCCUACAGACAUACUUAAAUUAGUAGAGAUAAGAUCUUUGAGCCUAGUUAUAGCUCUUUCUACUUUUCUGAACCAAGAGGAUCGACUUAUUCUCCAAAUGAACAAUGUUCAAGUUAAAGUCAUUCAAAUAGAUGAUGUCGUAUCAAAAGAAAAUUUUGUAAGAGUGACUCCAUUUAUCUUUAAGUUUUGGAAUAAACACAAUCUAGAUGUUGAAAUCUUCAAACAUGAGACAUGUGAGAAUAAUGGAAAUAGCCAAUACGAACCGAAAGGUACACUACAGAUACCAACCCGAACUAUGUCCAUGAAAUUUGACAAUAUUCAGAAUUACAACUUCGUCAAAAUGCCACAAGACGCUUUAUUCAGAAAGGACUGCUGUUACAUCGUCAUUGGGGGUUUAACCGGUUUGGGAUUGGAAAUUAUUAGUUUUGCUGCAGAUCGCGGAGCUGGUGAGAUAAUAAGUUUGUCACGUCGAAAUGUUUCUAUUCAACAGCAAAAUGAAUUUGACAUGCUAAGUAAAAGUACCGGAUGUCGAGUUCGAACAAUGGUAGCAGAUAUAACUGUCUGGGAUGAUGUACAGAAAGUUUUUUUCGAUAUAGAGCAGAGCUCACACUGCAAAAUCAAGGGCAUUUUUCAAGGUGCUGGUGUAAUAAAAGAUACUCUAAGUUCUCGUAUGAACGAAGCUCAUUUGAUAGAUGUACUAAAACCGAAAGUACUUGGAACCUGGAAUCUUCAUUUGGUAUCAAGAAAAUAUCCACUUGAUUAUUUUGUUAUGCAUUCAUCCAUGACAUCAGUGAUGGGAAACAUAGGCCAGAGUAAUUAUGGAGCUGCCAAUGCUUUUAUGGAUUGCCUUGCACACUAUAGGAGAGUGAAUGGACUAAGUGGACAAAGUAUAAAUUGGGGCCCAUUAGAUGUAGGAAUGGUGAAAGAUGGAGCAAAUAUUGAAGAAAUCUUAAAACAACAAGGAUAUUUUCCGUUGGAUGUAUCUGACAUUAUGAAGUGUCUACAGAAAAGCCUUCAUAGUAACCCCAUCCAAGUGACAUUUGGACAGUUUGAUUGGAAUUUGAUAGGGAUGAAUUUGAAAGCAAUGAAAACGAACUAUGUUCCACAAAGAUUUCAUGAUUUAUAUAGUCAAGAAAAGGACACUUUUCAAAAUUCGUCCAUUAGAGUUGUUAAUGACGAACUGAUUGCAAUUACAGAUGCACCAACGCAUGAAAGGAAAGAAAAAAUUGCAAACGUUGUUUUCAGGACAGCUAGUGAAGUAUUCACGAUAGAAAUCGAUGUUCUACAAAACGAAACACUUAUUCAAGAAUUAGGAAUAGACUCAAUGCAGUCCAUGUCAUUCGUCAAUAAAAUCAACGACAUAACUGGCGUGAGGAUUCCUGCAGUCACAUUGAUGUCAGAUGAAACCUCAUUUGAAAACAUAAUUGAGAUUUUAAAUGCUGAAAUUUCAGAACGGUCACAUUUAAUGCCAGCUGAAUUACCUGUGGACAUUUCGAUUGUUAAUUCUAUAACCCCUAUGGAAAAAAAAUCAUAUGAUGCUUAUCUGUUCAACUCGGAAGAUCCAUCAUUGUUUAGUUAUGCAGAUCUCGAAGUCUCUGGGCGUCUUCAAAAUCCUGAUGUAUGGAAAUAUCUUUUUCUCCAGCUGCAUGCUAAGCAUAAAGCAUUAAGAACACUUUUUGUGCCAAACCAAGAAAAUAUAAGAUAUGGAGUGCUAAAACAUACAAUGGAUCCAGACGAUGUUACUGUUGAUUUCAUUGAAGUUCCAAUGAAAGCUUUAGAUCAUGCCGAUAAAGUUCCGUCAGACAUCAAACCAUACCUAUUUGACCCGUCAAAAGACUUACCCUUGAAAAUUAUGUUUGCUAGGAAUGUGAACAAAUGUAUCGUCCGACUGGUGUUUAACCAUUUAUCAUUUGAUCUUACGUCCAUUUGGAUUGCAGUUAGAGGUAUUUCAGAUAUAGAUCAAGCCGAAUCAAGGGAUGUUCAUUCUCUUUUAGACAAAGACAUUGCUGUACUAUAUGAACAAAAGUUUCAAUCACAAAAAGACAAAAUUAUAAGAUUUUGGAAACAUCAAACACCUGCCGUUGUAGCUCCAAUGUCCUUUAAGGGUAUUUCAGGGAUUAAUUUGAAUCCAAAACGAUUUGAUUUUGCCAAAGUCAAUGUUGACCAAGAUAUUGCUCUGCAAUUAACCCAAUUCAUGAAGAAACAAAAUUUGAAACUAUUUGAUGUCGUUGUCAGCUUAUAUCAACUUCUUCUUUCCGUGGAAUUGAAAAUAAAAACAGUUACUCUUUUUGGAACGAUCGAUAUGCGAAUACAUUUUCCAGAUUUAAAAGAAACUAUUUGUAGAUUUACAAACCCUGUUCCAUUUUACGCAAACAUCGAUCAUAUGAAAAAAUUGUCUUCUUUUCUUAGUAACAACAAGCGGACAAUUGCAAGUGCUAUUGAAAAUAGUUUAUUACCAUUUGAAAAUAUUGUGGAGUUUUUGACGAAUACUAACCCUGAAGACGUAUUCAGACAUCAAAUCAUCAUGGAACCUAUUAAAGACAUUGGAGAUUACCAGGAUAAUACGGAUACUGAAGUCCAAGUGAAACGUGUCAGCACUGGUAACUACUACAAUGAAACAGUUCUAUAUGUAUGGCAUGAUUUGGAAAAAUGCAGACUUGAUUUUGAGCUGGGUUACAGUACAUUAAUGUUAAAUGAUACACGCGCAAGAAAUAUUUUGAAUAUGCUUUAUCAAUUUGUUCAGCACGUUAUAAAACAGCCGGAUUCUACGACAGGGUCUUUGAUAAAUCUUACAAAAAAAGAUUCCGUGCAAACUAAGCAACGGAUGACAAAAAGAGCACCUUUAUCAGAAAGAACAGAUGUCAUGGAUAACAGAACAAACUAUAAAAGUGAAAGCUCUAUUGGUUUAAAGGACCUUGAUUCACAUAAAGUUAUUGGUCAAUUUAUGAAGCAGACAACUCAUGGUUGGGAUCAUCAAGUGAUGAUUUCAAUCAAAGAAGAGGUAAAGGGACGUUCAUUUAACUGGGGAUUCCAGGGAAAGACAAUGACGAAAUCUUUAUCAAUAAAUGCCAUUGAAAAAGUAGAAACUACUGAAACAAAUGGUAAAUAUUGUAUACGCAUCCAUGCAAACCACAGAUUGUAUAUCUUCAAGACAGCUGACCCAAAGUUAUUUGAACACUUCACAUAUGAGUUAACACAUUCUGACCGUGACUUUUCAAGUGUAAUGGAAAAUGAAAGUUUAUUAUUCUGAACACUUUUAGUUUAAGACUAACGAUUCAAUAUGAUUGAAAGGAGAUGUGAAAUUAAUUCUAUAAUUCCU